AUGGCAUCUACCGACAAGACAUCUACAGACACAGCAGCCUCACCCAGAACGGUGAGGAUUCUUGUGGUUGGUGUAUCAUUCGCUGGUCUUGCGGUCACGAAAGCCCUAUGCAAAGAGCUAGAAACACUUGCAGCCAGCAAGAGUCUUGAUGACAUUCUUCCGGAUCGAGUGGAGAUCAUACUGCUAGACUCCAAGAAGGGGCUGAUCAACACCUAUGCCGCUGCACGGGCACUUGUGGAUCCUGACUUUGCAGCCAAGACAUAUGCAUCUUUGGACCAGUUGAAUCUGCCCAGUUAUGACUCUUCAUACUCUUUAUUGCAUUCCGAAACAUGGAAGUCCAAAUUCAAACUGGAGAUCGAGUUGCUUGACGGAUGGUGUUACGCUCUUUUCGAAACUCAUGCGACUAUCCGGAACUGGGAAGGCGAUGAGUUCGACCUCAAGUUCGAUUACUGUGUUUUUGCCACUGGAGUCAAGAGACGGUAUCCUUUCAGUCCCAGAGGAUUCACCAAAAAUUCGUACAUGGAGGAGAUGUACAAGACCACCACAGACAUUAGCCAUGCUGGAUCGGUGUGUAUCAUCACCGAGAUGGGAAUUCAAGGCGUUGAGGCUGCUGCCAUGAUCAAAGACAGGUUUCCAGAAAAGAAGGUGACACUCUGCUAUACUGCAGAUAGUGUUCCCUAUCUGCCAAAGUUGACCAAGGCCUAUGCGAACGCCAGAGCCAACUCGAAAAUCAAAUCUGAAGAUCUGGAUAGCUCCGUCAAAUUGUUUGAGCAGGCUGCGAGAAAGCAGCUUCUUGAGAUGGGAGUGGAUCUCAAAUCAAAUGUGACGAUUGAAAUGCGCAAGAAGGAUAGUCAGAGUACGGUCAACGACGACAACGAUAAUGACUACCACCAGGAAGACGUUGAAGAGGAUGAAGAGUAUGAGGAAGGAUCUCCCUCCUCGCCGCAUCUCCAGAAACCCACUGCCAUUUACGAUGCUGAAGGAAAUCGCAUUGAUGCUGACAUGUAUCUCUGGUGUACUAAGAAGUUGCCCAACGUGAGCGCUUUGCGCAAAUCCAAGUUAUCCCAUUGUGUUUCCCCAAUCACCAGCGAAAUCAUAGUAAACGAAGAAGCAAGGGUGUCGCCUUAUAAGACCAUAUUCUCCCUUGGUGAAUGUUCUACUCUGGACAGAGUGAUUGAGCGCCACUCGGUGUACAACAUCUGGCCUGCUUCGAUCACUUUGAGUGGAAAGGUCAUCUGCGGAAGACUCGUGGCUACAAACAUCAUUAAGUCAAUUCUGGGAUUCCCGCUGUUAACUGUGUCGGAUUUUGACAGAUUGGUAGAGCCGGCUGAUCUAGAGAACGGAAUGGUCUACGUUUCUCAGAAUGAACAGGGUGAGGAUAUCAACCUUCUCAACAGGUUCAUCAUAGCCCUAGGAUCGAAGAGGUGUGUUUCGUUGGAGAUAUCUGUUGGAGAAGUGCGUGUCAACGAUGAGGAGGAUUUGAAGACAAUCAACGACUUCAAGACUGGGUUAUUGAGCAGGUUGCUGGGAAUAGACUUUGACUUACUGCACGAGAAUGAUGAUAACAAUGAUGCUGCUGCUGAUGACGAUAGCAAAUACGACGAAACGGACGAACUCGCUCGGGAAAUGGAAAAGCUAUAA